AUCAAAUAAUAUUGCGGAAAACAAACAACAAUAAUUCAUUAAAAUUUGUAUGGUUAUGAUUGUUAAACAAACUUGGGACCAAUAUUUUUUGUAUUUUCUGUUUAAAGGUAGUUAUAUCUAAUUAUCCGACUUAUAAUUACAUAAUAAAGUCAACGGUGCAUAAUAAAUGAGAAUACAGAGCGACGUAAAAUUGAAACGACUGUUAUUUUGUUAACAUAAAGUUCAGGACUUCAAAGUUUAUUUUACCACUUAGACUAAUAAAAAUAGAUUUAAAAAUGUUAAUCGUUGAGAAACAAAAUCUUGUUCAGCCUGAUGUUUUAGUUGUAUGGUUUGUAAAAGUGGCUGGGGAAAACGAAGAUCUACUCGGCGUUGAUGAAACACCAAUUACAAAUAUUCAAUGGAUUGCAAUUGAAGUUGUAGAAAACAAGAUUAUCCGCGAAGGAGAGUAUAUUAUCUUUGAUGAAAGCGAUAAUAAUGAAAAAGUAAUUGAAGCAAGUAACAAAGAAUUAACAUUAAAAGAAGCAACCAAACAGUUUGAACAAGUUAUUUUAGAACUUUCAGAGAAUGAUCGAAUUGUUCGCUUAGUUUGUGAGAAUAGUCUUCAUAUACGUCAGUGCUUGAUACCACGUGCACAACAACAAGAGAUAAAACUUGGCGACAUAUUCCUUAAAUAUUAUGACAUCAGAAAAGAAUACAGGUCCUUUACCGAAAAAAAUGUUACGUUCAAGAAUCUUACUGAAAUUUCGGAAGAUAUGAUUAUUGAGUCUAAAGAUGUACUUUCAAGUCUUGACAAAGCGUGUAGAUUCUGUGCAAAAGUGACUCAGCAUCUUCUCAAAGAAGGUCAUAAGUUUUUAAAACUGGAAAGUGUCAGUCUUACUUUAAAUGAUGGCAUGCCAACUGGCUAUGUCAAAGAUGAUACAAUUGUAAGAGCACGCGGUUUGCCGUGGCAAGUAUCAGAUGUUGAUGUUGCAGCUUUUUUCACCGGGCUUAAUAUAGCAAAAGGAGGAGUUGCUCUUUGUUUAAAUGUUAAGGGCCGAAGGAACGGCGAAGCACUUGUACGUUUCGAAUCGUCGGAGCAUCGUGACAUGGCUUUAAGAAGACACAAACACCAUCUUCUUGGUAGAUAUAUCGAGGUAUAUAAAGGUACUGCGCAAGAAUUUUUAAAAAUUGCAAAAGGCCCUGCUGCUGCAAUGCAUGCUGCAGCAGAGUUUUUGACAAAUGGUGGAGAAGUUAUAAUCCGUAUGCGAGGUUUGCCGUUUGAUGCAACUGUACAUGACGUAGUUGAAUUUUUCGGAGAUUCACCCAAAGUUCUUCAAGGAAAAAAUGGUGUAAUGUUAAUAUCCUACCCGGAUGGAGCAUCAACUGGAGACGCAUUUGUUUUGUUUGAAACAGAAGCAGAGGGACAAUUUGCAUUAAAAAAGCACAGGGAAAACAUUGGGAAAAGAUACGUAGAACUAUUUCGAAGCACACGGGCUGAGCUCCAACAGGUACUAACUAUGUAUAAUAUUGGAUACCAAUUGGUAACGCCUGUUCCUGGUCAACUACCUUUUCCAGGUUCGGGUUUGAAUGACAGGGCACUUAUAAAUCAACGCCUUCAAGCAUUAAUGAAUAUGUCAUGUCUAAGAAUGCGUGGGUUACCAUUUUCAGCUUCUCACAAAGAUAUUUUAAACUUUCUUGGAAAUUACAAAGAAAAUGUUGUAGGAAGCGUUCAUAUUAUUUAUAAUUUGCAGGGUCGCCCUUCCGGAGAAGCUUUUGUCCAACUUCAAACUGCCGACCAAGCACAUACCUGCGCAAAUGAUCGACAUCUUAAACACUUAGGAGAGCGUUAUAUAGAAGUGUUUCAAUGUUCUGUUCAAGAUAUGACAUGGAUGCUUGCAACUAGUCAUGCUAAUCAACUUGCAUCACAACAACUCAACCAUGCAAACAAAAACGUCUCUAUCUACCAUCAACAAUCGCCAACUUAUCACACAGCAACAGCACCACAAUAUCAUCCUUCAACGCCAUCGCCUCCACCUGUUAUUCAAACCACAUCAGCUCCAACAAUUAUUGCACCUCCGCCUUUGACGUCUACUGGUAUUUUAACACCUAUUUCUCCCAUUCCAAUAUACACAGGCCAGUUUCCUCAAAUUAUUUCGCCAAUAGCUAAUGGAUUUGUUCCAGCACAACAUCUGGGACACAACCAUCAAGUUAUGCCACCCAUGAUUAAUGGACAUUUAUUCAACCAAGAGACAAUUCAUUAUCAAAUAAAUCCGUUUGGAAAACCUGAAGUGGCAUAUAUUGCAUUUGCUCCUCAUGAACACUUUCAUCACGCUUCGUUUCAUUUUGAUAAACAGAAGUUUAUAGGAAACAGAUACGUUGAAAUGUUUUACGCUCAUUAAUAAAGCAACUAUAAAAUAAAUAUUUAUAUAAAAACAAAGAUCAUUAAAGAUAUGCAAAAACGCAAGGAAGCAUUUUAAAAUUGUUGUACAAUUUCUAACUAAGUAGUGGUUCUGAUUAUGAUUGUUAAAUCAGUCAGACUACCUCCUUUGUAUUUAUCAAAGCAUUAUUUAUAACUUUUUAACAAAAAUAGAACGUCAUUAUUAAA